GGUCAAUGGCGUGGGGGGGUCUGGUGGCCGACUUCCUGCAGGUGCCGGCGGUGACGCGGGCCUACACCGCGGCCUGCAUGCCCACCACCGCCGCCAUGCUGGAGCUCCUCAGCCCCUUCCAGCUCUACUUCAACCCGCACCUCGUGCUCCGGAAGUUCCAGGUCUGGAGGCUCGUCACCAACUUCCUCUUCUUCUGGCCCCUGGGAUUCAGCUUCUUCUUCCACAUGCUCUUCGUGUUCCGCUACUGCCGCAUGCUGGAGGAGGGGUCUUUCCGCGGCCGCAAGGCCGACUUCGUCUUCACGUUUCUCUUCGGGGGCGUCCUCAUGACCCAGCUGGGGCUGCUGGGCAGCCUGUUCUUCCUGGGCCAGGCCCUCACAGCCAUGCUGGUGUACGUCUGGAGCCGCCGCAGCCCUCGAGUGAGGGUCAACUUCUUCCGGCUCCUCACCUUCCAGGCGCUAUUCCUGUCCUGGGCACUCGUGGGCUUCUCCCUGCUGCUGGGCAACUCCAUCCUCGUGGACCUACUGGCGUCUCUCUUCUUACAGCCCCUUGAACAAGCCAGCCAGCCUGUAGGCUUCACAUCUUCAGGCCUGACCUGCUGGUGA